UCUGCGCCCAUGAUGUUUUAACAUAUUUCAUUUCAAAAUUUCAUCAUUUAUUGAAAUAAACUCAAAUGUGAAAUGCUUUUGAUAAGUUCAUAGUAUUAUUCGUUUAAGGUACAACUAUAUGAGAAAUUAUGAGCGAAAACUUCAUUAAUUUUGAAGAGGAAUUGGCUGAAGAACCUUGCAGUGGUAGCAGUGAUGGGUUUGCAAAUGCUUUGACCGUUUGGUUGAAUAAACCCCAUGUGGUAAACAGACGUCUGUGUGGAUCUAGACUAGAAUAUUUUGAAAUUAUUUCAAAAGAACACUUUACUAUUGGAAAAGUAACUAACAUAAUUGAAAGAUAUGGUCUGGAACUGAAUGGUUUCUGUUUUGAUGAUAUAUUUAAAAGCCAAGGGUUUACAAAUGAUAAUUCUGUUGAUAUUGAUCUGAAACUUACAAAUGGUUGUAUCGAGGGUCUGGAUAGUUUAUCUGAUGAUGAGAUUGCUAUCAUUGUUCGUCAGCUGUUGCCAAAGCAACCAGAAAGACAUGCUAACAUUCCAGAAUUAGUUGUUUUUGACAAGUCACAAAAUAGUUGUACCUUUAUUCCACUGAAACUUGCAAAUGAUUCAGAAAGGAAAGUUCCAUUGGAAGUUCUGUAUUGCUUCAGAUUAGAGGACAAACUCAAGAAAAAGAUGUGUCUGUUUGCCAGUACAUCAGACUGCUCCACUGAUUCAGAAAGAAAGCUCUCACUGACUUGGAUAAAAAGUCUGCUUCUCCAGAAGCUUGCAAGAUGGAGUGAGCAGCCAAGUUUGAGAACUGGACUGGUUUCUCUGUUACUAGUCUCUGUUGAAGAUUACAGCAGACUGUAUAGUGAGCUGAAAAACAAAUAUGGCAUUCCACUGGCACAGAAAUGGCCAGAGAAAACAAAUGCACAGAAGUAUGUGUUUGAGGAUGUUGCCAUAGCAACCUACUUACUGUUGCUGUGGGAAGAUGAUAGAAAGAAGAAAGGAUUGACUAAGAAACAAUCUUUUGUAGAUCUUGGCUGUGGUAAUGGUCUGCUUGUACAUAUACUUGCUUCUGAAGGGCACCCGGGCUAUGGAAUAGAUGUGAGAAGAAGAAAGAUAUGGGAUCUGUAUGGACCAGAAACAAUACUUAAAGAAAUGACUAUUACACCUUCCACUGAGAGUGUGUUCCCUGACAGUGAUUGGUUGAUUGGAAACCAUAGUGAUGAAUUAACACCAUGGAUACCAGUAAUGGCUGCAAGAUCUUCCUACACUUGUAACUACUUUGUGUUGCCAUGCUGUAUGUGGGAUUUCAAUGCAAGAUAUAGUUUCACACAGAAGGUUGCAAAUGGUUCAGAAAACUCUGGUAAAUAUGGGCUGUAUCUUGACUUUGUCAAGUCGGUUGGAGAGAACUGCGGGUUCAAAGUGGAGGAGGAUAUGCUACGAAUACCUUCUACAAAAAGGGUAUGUUUUGUAGGAAAAGAGCGGACUUACCCUUUUUCUAACGAAGCUGAAAUUGAUGAAAAUCGUCGAAGCUACAUAACUUCUAGAUGUGAGCAGUACACCAAAGAUAUUUCCAGUCAAAUAUCUAAUUUAGACUUUACUGAAGAUAUUAAUCUUGAGACGGUCCCCGAUAGUCAGUGGGUGUCAGAUUUCACACCCAGAAGUAAAACGGAAAUAACGAAAAACUGCGUGACUGUUAAGAAAGAAACAAAAGAUUAUGUUACAAAAACAGUUUUUGACAAAUUGCUGACUUGUGAUAACAGUGAGGCUAAAGUAGGUCAAGAUGGCAGACGAUGGAAUAAAGGCGGGAAACUGCCAGUAGGUGACGUGGCUGCUAUGUUUGAGAAGGAAAUAUUACAGGAACUGAAGUCCGAAUGUGGGGGUCUUCAGACACUGUUGAGAAACAGUUGUCAUAUAUUUCAAGUAUCGGGAGGACUAGUUCAGCUCCGAGAUUUUACACUUGGAGAUCCGUUUGAGGGGAGGAGAAAACGGGGUAACGUAACAGAUAAGAACGACUUUUUGAAAACAACAUUGUGCUGGUUUCAUGAACACCAUCCAGAUGGUUGCCCCAGGACUGCAGACAUGUGUCUAUAUGCUCAUGGUGUAACUGAACUUAGACCUAAACCAUUAAAAGCAAAGACGUGACGGCUGACUGAGUCCAGACUCAGACUUAAUCUCUGUCAUUUGUCAGUCUUAAGGUAUUGCUGAGAAACGUACAAUCAGAGUCAAUAUCAAGUCAAGCUCCAUCUGAAAACGUUAGUCUGUGAUCGACCUAUGCUGAGAUCAGUCCUUAUCCAAAGACAACGCUGCAUACUAUGACAGGUCUUGAAAUGCAACCAUGGCUUUAAAGUAUAUCUCGGUAAAUGAAUUUAAGAUUAAUUGAAUACAAUUGUAAGUAGGCAAGACAGGGACUUUUAUGUAUAUUAAACGAUAGGAUUGUAAUUGACUGUGUUAUAUUCAUUGAUGUAGAAUGAGGUAAGAGUCAUAGCUUUUUAUAUUUGUUCCUAUAAAAAGCCAUCCAGCUGAGGUCGGUGGUUCUACCCAGGUGCCCGCUGGUGAUGAAAUAAUGCACGGAGGGGCACCUGGGGUCUUCCUCCACCAUUAAAAGCUGGAAAGUCGCCAUAUGACCUAUCAUGUGUCGGUGCGACGUUAAAUCCAAAAAAAUAAAAUAAAAAAUUCCAGUUCACACGUACAUUUUACUCAAUUGUGGCAGCUUUUGUGCUGUUAUAAAAAUCGUUUGAAAUCAUUUCAUGUGCAUUGAUUUGGUAUCGCGGUAACAUAAAAUUGCUUUGGUUUCCAGUUACUGCUGACAAUAACAUCAGUAAAAUGCA